AUGCCUCCAGAUACUUGGACCCAGUUCCAAGUACCUGUAAAUGAAGGUAUCUGUGGGAAUGUUGGAGAAUAUGUGCUUUUUCUUAUUGCCAAUCAUGGCCGGUCCUUCAAGAUUCCACCUGGUUCUUACUUCCCUGAGAAGUUUCAUUUGAUGCCCCAAUCCAAGUUGGAUGUCCUCUUCUCUCACCGGGAGCUCACACUCUGUGCUCACCUCUUUCUUAACCCACAGCAGGCUGUUAUGACUAAGAAACAGUGUCAAGUAGAACCUUCUCAUUUUACAGAGAGCCCAGAUGGGCUGUCACCCAUCAGGUCUUGUUUACUUGUAUUGAUCACCCAGAGCCUCUAUACCGUCAAACAUGAGCUCUCAGAUUGGAGCCACAAUUACAGAAUGUAUUCUUAUGUAACUGAGGAGCUUCCCCAACUCAUAAAUGCCCAUUUUCCUGUGGACCCCUACAGGAUGUCUAUUUUUGGCCACUCCAUGGGAGGCCAUGAAACUCUGAUUUGUGCUUUGAAGAAUCCUGGAAAGUACAAAUCUGUGUCAGCAUUUGCUCCAAUUUGCAAUCCAGUGCUCUGUCUUUUGGACAAAAAAGCCUUUAGUGGAUAUUUGAGGACAGAUCAAAAUAAAUGGAAGGUAGUUGCUACCCAUUUUGUGAAGUCCUAUCCAGGUGCUCAGCUAGACAUAAUAAUUGAUCAAGGAAAAGAUAACCAGUUCCUUCCAGAUGGACAGUCAUUAUUUGGUAACUUCAUAGCUGCCUACACAGAAAAGAAAGUUAAUGUUUUUAGGUUACAAGAGGGUUAUGAUUAUAGCUAUGGCCUCACUGCCACUUUUAUUAUUGAUCACAUUAGACAUCAUGCAAAAUACCCAAAUGCAUGA